UAAUGAAAAUAGAAACAUUUGUUGACUGAAUCUUGUCUUUACACAUACUCUAACACGAAAAACUGUUUUCAACAGAUUUGGUGAAUACCGUUGACAGAGAGGCGUUCAGACAUCAGCCGCCACCAUGAGUACGGACGCGGAGAUGGCCAUUUAUGGCAAAGCUGCCAUUUACCUUCGUAAGCCAGAAAGGGAGAGAAUUGAGUCUCAAAGUGCACCAUUUGAUGCCAAGACUGCCUGCUACGUGGCCGAUGUCAAGGAGCUGUACUUGAAGGCCAAAAUCCUCAAGAAAGAUGGUGACAAAGUCACCGUUGAAAUCCUGGACACUAAAGAGGAGAGGACAGUGAAAGAAGCUGAUGUCCAUCCAAUGAACCCUCCCAAGUAUGACAAGAUUGAGGACAUGGCCAUGAUGACCCAUCUCAAUGAAGCCUCUGUGCUGUAUAACCUCAAAGAGCGUUAUGCAGCAUGGAUGAUCUACACCUACUCUGGGUUGUUCUGUGCCACUGUGAACCCCUACAAGUGGCUCCCAGUGUAUGAUGCUGAAUGUGUAGCAGCCUAUAGAGGCAAGAAGCGUAUGGAGGCUCCACCCCACAUCUUCUCUGUCUCUGACAACGCUUUUCAGUUCAUGCUUACUGAUAGGGAGAACCAGUCUGUCUUGAUCACUGGAGAAUCUGGUGCUGGAAAGACUGUGAACACCAAGCGUGUCAUCCAGUACUUUGCAACAAUUGCAGUUGGUGGACCAAAGAGGGACGCAUCAAAAGGGUCACUGGAGGAUCAGAUUAUUGCAGCCAAUCCCCUGCUGGAGGCCUACGGUAACGCCAAAACUGUGAGGAAUGACAACUCUUCUCGUUUUGGUAAAUUCAUCAGAAUCCAUUUCGGCGCAACUGGCAAACUGGCUAGUGCUGAUAUUGAGACAUAUCUGCUGGAAAAGUCUAGAGUGACAUUCCAGCUUCCUGAUGAAAGAGGCUACCACAUCUUCUAUCAGAUGAUGACUGCACACAUACCUGAGCUGAUUGAUAUGGCCCUCAUCACCACCAACCCCUACGACUUCCCCAUGUGUAGCAUGGGUCAGAUCACUGUGGCCAGCAUUGAUGACAAAGUUGAGCUGGAAGCCACUGAUAAUGCCAUUGAUAUCCUGGGCUUCAGCAGUGAAGAGAAGGUAAGCAUCUACAAGAUGACUGGUGCUGUGCUCCACCAUGGUAACAUGAAGUUCAAGCAGAAGCAGCGUGAGGAGCAGGCUGAGCCUGAUGGCACAGAGGAGGCUGACAAGGUUGCUUACUUGCUGGGUCUGAACUCCGCUGACAUGCUCAAGGCUCUGUGCUAUCCCAGAGUGAAGGUCGGAAAUGAGUAUGUCACCAAGGGACAAACUGUACCUCAGGUGAUGAACUCCGUGACUGCCCUGGCCAAGGCUGUCUAUGAGAGGAUGUUCUUGUGGAUGGUCGUUCGUAUUAACCAGAUGUUGGACACUAAACAAGCACGACAGUUCUACAUUGGUGUCCUGGACAUUGCUGGUUUUGAAAUCUUUGACUUCAACACCUUGGAGCAGCUGUGCAUCAACUUCACCAAUGAGAAACUGCAACAGUUUUUCAACCACACCAUGUUUGUCCUGGAGCAAGAGGAGUACAAGAAGGAGGGUAUUGUCUGGGAUUUCAUUGACUUUGGCAUGGAUUUGGCUGCAUGCAUUGAGCUCAUCGAAAAGCCCAUGGGCAUCUUCUCCAUCCUUGAAGAGGAGUGCAUGUUCCCCAAGGCCACAGACACAUCCUUCAAGAACAAGCUGUAUGACCAGCAUCUUGGCAAAAGUAAAGCAUUUGAGAAGCCUAAGCCCCCCAAGAAAGGCAAGGCUGAGGCCCACUUCUCCCUGGUGCACUACGCCGGUACUGUGGACUACAAUAUUAUUGGCUGGCUGGAGAAGAACAAGGAUCCACUGAAUGACUCCGUCUGUCAGCUCUACAUGAAAUCCUCAGUGAAAGUGCUGGCUAUCUGCUUCCCUCCUGUUGUUGAGGAAACUGGUGGCAAGAAGGGAGGCAAGAAGAAGGGUGGUUCUAUGCAGACUGUGUCUUCACAGUUUAGGGAGAACUUGGGCAAGCUGAUGACUAACUUGAGGAGCACCCAUCCUCACUUUGUGCGCUGCCUGAUUCCCAAUGAGUCAAAGACUCCAGGUCUGAUGGAGAACUUCCUGGUCAUCCACCAGCUCAGGUGUAACGGUGUGCUGGAGGGUAUCAGAAUCUGCAGAAAAGGUUUCCCCAGCAGAAUCCUCUAUGCUGACUUCAAGCAGAGGUACAAGGUGCUGAAUGCCAGUGUCAUCCCAGAGGGCCAGUUCAUUGACAAUAAGAAGGCUUCAGAGAAGCUGCUUGGGUCAAUUGAUGUUAAUCACGAUGAGUACAAAUUCGGGCACACCAAGGUGUUCUUUAAGGCCGGUCUUCUGGGUGUCCUUGAGGAGAUGAGAGAUGAAAAACUGGCAACUCUGGUAACCAUGACUCAGGCUUUGUGCCGUGGUUACCUCAUGAGAAGAGAGUUUGUGAAGAUGAUGGAGAGGAGGGAAUCCAUAUAUACCAUCCAGUACAAUAUCCGCUCAUUCAUGAAUGUCAAACACUGGCCAUGGAUGAAGGUGUACUACAAGAUCAAGCCUCUGCUGAAGAGUGCUGAAACUGAGAAGGAGCUGGCAAAUAUGAAGGAGAACUACGAUAAGAUGAAAUCGGACUUGGAAGCUGCCCUGGCCAAGAAGAAGGAACUGGAAGAGAAGAUGGUGUCCCUUCUGCAGGAGAAGAAUGAUCUGCAAUUGCAAGUAGCAUCUGAAUCAGAGAAUCUGAAUGAUGCUGAAGAGAGAUGUGAGGGACUUAUCAAGAGUAAGAUUCAGCUGGAGGCCAAACUCAAAGAGAUAAAUGAGAGACUGGAGGAUGAAGAGGAAAUCAAUGCUGAGCUCACUGCCAAGAAGAGAAAGCUGGAGGAUGAAUGCUCUGAGCUCAAGAAGGAUAUUGAUGACCUGGAGCUUACCUUGGCCAAAGUGGAAAAAGAGAAACAUGCCACAGAGAACAAGGUGAAGAACCUGACUGAGGAGAUGGCCUCUCAGGAUGAGAGCAUUGCCAAGCUGACCAAGGAAAAGAAAGCCCUUCAGGAGGCUCAUCAGCAGACUCUUGAUGACCUGCAGGCAGAGGAAGACAAAGUCAACACUCUGACCAAGGCCAAGACCAAGCUUGAGCAGCAAGUGGAUGAUCUUGAGGGUUCUCUGGAGCAAGAGAAGAAGCUCCGUAUGGACCUUGAGAGAGCCAAGAGAAAGCUUGAGGGUGAUCUGAAACUGGCCCAGGAAUCCAUCAUGGAUCUUGAGAAUGACAAGCAGCAGUCUGAUGAGAAGAUCAAAAAGAAGGACUUUGAAAUCAGUCAGCUGCUUAGCAAGAUUGAAGAUGAGCAGUCACUGGGUGCUCAGCUUCAGAAGAAGAUCAAGGAGCUACAGGCUCGUAUUGAGGAACUGGAGGAGGAGAUUGAGGCUGAGCGCGCUGCUCGUGCCAAGGUUGAGAAGCAGAGAGCCGACCUCUCCAGGGAACUUGAGGAGAUCAGUGAGAGGCUGGAGGAGGCCGGUGGAGCCACCGCUGCUCAGAUUGAGAUGAACAAGAAGCGUGAAGCCGAGUUCCAGAAGCUCCGUCGUGAUCUUGAGGAGUCCACUCUGCAGCAUGAAGCCACUGCUGCUGCUCUUCGCAAGAAGCAGGCUGACAGCGUUGCUGAGCUGGGAGAGCAGAUCGACAACCUCCAGCGUGUAAAGCAGAAGCUUGAGAAGGAAAAGAGUGAAUACAAGAUGGAGAUUGAUGACCUCUCCAGCAACAUGGAGAAUGUCGCUAAAGCAAAGGGAAAUCUUGAAAAGAUGUGCCGUACUCUUGAGGACCAACUCAGCGAACUGAAGACCAAGAAUGAUGAAAAUGUCCGUCAAAUCAAUGACUCAAAUGCACAGAGAGCACGUCUCCUGACAGAAAAUGGUGAGUUCAGCCGUCAAAUUGAAGAGAAAGAAGCUCUUGUCUCCCAGCUGACCAGAGGCAAACAGGCAUUCACACAGCAGAUUGAGGAGCUGAAGAGACAGAUUGAAGAGGAGAUUAAGGCCAAGAAGCUUUCCCAUGGACUGCAUCAGCCCCCCUGACGUGAUCUGCUGGGAGCAGUUUGAUGAG